CGAGCCGUGCCGUGCGAUCCUCUUCCAGGGUAAAGUGGUUCAGGCGCUCAACUGCAUAAUGUCUAAAUCUGGAUCUCGGCCGAACGCGAACAAGGGGCCGACGGGCGCGGCGGCGGUCAAUGCCCGCUGCAAGAACUCGCUCGCCAAGAAGAGAAGCCAUCUUGCUGCGAAGGCGGCGGCAUGCUGGAAGAAGGCUGGCACCGCGCUGACCAAACAGGCAAGCGGAUCCAAAUCCAAGCUCGCGGUGCAAUUGGACGAGGUGCACCUCGACAAGAAGAAACCUGGCGCUCUCCAGAGGGAGAUGCUGACCAACCUCCACCUGAUUGGCAUGCGCAAAAAGACCAUCCUGGUAAGCGACUCUUGGAAGGCCAUGGUGUCCGCGUUCAAGGCGUUCAAGGACAGCAAUGGGUGGACUGCGAGUGACAUCAAGCACGAGCUGGUGGUGCACUCCACGGGGGAGAUCAGAGUCUCCCCGCGGUGCGGCGGGCGGAUGCCGAGCCACUCCGAUCGGCAGAAGUGGCGCGACCUGUUCGCCGAGCUGCAGUGGCGGAAACUGGCGGCCACCCAGGCGCUCGACUACGGCCACACCUUCUUCGUCCCAUUCUGCUCCUUCGCCCGCGAGUGCGUGCCAGAGCCGCAGUGA